CCCAUCAGUGCCAUCUAUCAGUGCCCAUCAUUGUUGCAUAUCAGUGCAUCAUCAUCAGUGCCGUCUAUCAGUGCCGCCUAUCAGUGCUGCCUAUCAGUGCCCAUCAGUGCUGCCUAUCCGUGCCACCUCUUCAGUGCCGCCUAUCAGUGCCCAUCAGUGUCACCUAUAAGUGCCCAUCAGUGCAGCCUCAUCAAUGCACAUCAAAGUGCCCCCUGUCAGUGCUCAUUAGUGCCACGUGCCAGUGCCCAUCAGUGCCACAUCAAUGCCACAUAUCAGUGCCCAUCUGAGCUGCCUUUCAAUGUCACCCAUCCGUGAC